AUGGGAGAGAAGCAACCGUCCCUUGAGGGCCACAAGUCUGGCCAGUCCAACGAGCCACUCUCCAAGCCCGCGCAUGCCCUUCCCUGGAAGCAGGUUGUCGAUGAGAUCAAGUGCAAUGCUGAAGACGGGUUGACUACCGCUGAUGCAAAGGCAAGACACGAGAAGCAUGGAAACAACGAUCUCGGUGAAGAUGGCGGAGUACAGCCGGGUAAAAUUCUGCUGAGGCAAGUUGCCAACGCGAUGACAUUGAUCUUGAUCGCCGCGAUGGCUGUGUCGUUUGCUAUCAAGUCAUGGAUCGAGGGUGGUGUAGUAACCGCCAUCAUCUUGCUGAACGUCGUCAUCGGAUUUGUCCAAGAGUUCAAUGCUGAAAAGACCAUGGACUCCCUUCGAUCGCUUUCCUCGCCCACAGCUACCGCUGCGCGAGAUGGAAGGACAGUCACUAUUCCCACCAUUGAGGUUGUACCAGGCGAUUUGAUCGAGCUGAAGACGGGUGACACCGUCCCAGCGGAUAUUCGCAUCAUCGAAGCCCUCAACUUUGAAACCGAUGAAGCUCUUCUUACUGGCGAAUCGCUUCCAGUAAGCAAGGAUGGCGACGCGGUUUUCGACGAGGACACCGGCCCUGGUGACCGCCUCAACGUUGCCUACAGCUCUUCGACUGUUACCAAAGGACGUGCCCGUGGUGUCGUCUUUGCGACUGGCAUGUACACUGAAAUCGGUUCAAUCGCCAUGUCCCUUCGACAAAAGGGCUCGCGUGUCCGUGAAGUCAAACGCAAGCCGAAUGGAAAGGCCAAGCCGCACCGAUAUGCUCAGGCAUGGUCUUUGACUGCAGCCGACGCGGUUGGUCAUUUUCUUGGUGUCAACGUAGGAACGCCGCUGCAGAAGAAGCUUGCUCGUCUCGCCAUUCUCUUGUUUGGCGUUGCCGUCGUCUGCGCAAUCAUUGUUCUUGCUGCCAAUAGCUUCUCGAACAACAGCGAGGUCAUCAUCUACGCUGUCGCGACUGGUCUCAGUAUGAUUCCCGCAUCUCUCACAGUUGUCUUGACCAUCACGAUGGCCGCUGGCACAAAGCGCAUGGUUCAACGCCACGUUAUCGUUCGCAACCUCAAAUCGCUCGAGGCCUUGGGCGGUGUCACAGAUAUCUGUUCCGAUAAAACGGGUACCCUCACUCAGGGAAAGAUGGUGGCAAAGAAGGCUUGGAUCCCUGCGAAGGGCACCUACUCUGUUGGCCAGUCUGACCAGCCACACAACCCCACCGUUGGCGCUUUGUCUUUCAACCCCAAGCAGCCCAGACACAUCGACCCUGACAUGGAUGAGAAGACCGAGACCUAUGAGGAGCUACUGAAAGACAACCCGCAUCUCGUCGACUACCUCAAAGUUGCCUCUCUCGCUAACCUGGCCAAUGUUCACCAGACCGAUGAAGGACAGUGGAAUGCGCGAGGUGAUCCCACAGAAAUCGCUAUCCAGGUUCUUGCGUCUCGUUUCCAGUGGAACCGUCUCCAACACGCUAGCGGUGACUCACCACAGUGGAAGCAGCUGGCUGAGUUCCCAUUCGAUUCGGAUGUCAAGAAGAUGUCUGUCAUCUUCGAAGAAAUGGCGACCUCCAAGAAGUACGUCUUCACCAAGGGUGCUGUCGAGCGCGUCAUCUACUCUUGUUCGCACGUCUUCACUGACGAGAGUGACUCCAUCGUCGAGCUGGAGGACGACUACCGUGAGGAGAUCUUGGCCAACAUGGAGUCGCUAGCUGCCAUGGGUCUGCGUGUUCUAGCCCUUGCUAGCAAGGAGUACGACGGCCCAUCGCCAAAGAAGGGAGAGGACAUCAACCGUGAGGGCAUAGAGCAAGGCUUAAUCUUCCGCGGCCUUGUUGGUCUUUACGACCCACCCCGACCUGAAACCGCCGGUUCCGUUCGUCAGUGCCAGAAGGCUGGUAUCGAAGUACACAUGCUUACUGGUGAUCACCCGGGUACUGCUAAAGCUAUCGCUAUCGAGGUUGGCAUCGUGCCUUCCAACAUGAGCACUUUACCUAAGGAAACCACCGACGCCAUGGUCAUGACCGCUUCUCAAUUCGACAAACUGAGCGACGAUGAAAUUGACGCACUCCCACUUCUGCCACUUGUCAUCGCUCGUUGCGCACCGAACACCAAGGUCCGUAUGAUUGACGCCCUACACCGACGAAAGGCUUUCACUGGUAUGACUGGUGAUGGUGUCAACGACUCUCCUUCCCUCAAGCGCUCAGACGUGGGUAUCGGUAUGGGUACAGGAUCCGAUGUAGCCAAGGACGCCUCUGACAUUGUUUUGACUGACGACAACUUCGCUUCUAUCCUCAACGCCAUCGAGGAGGGUCGCCGCAUGUUUGACAAUAUCCAAAAGUUCAUCCUGCAUCUGCUUGCUCAAAACAUUGCGCAGGCAUGCGUUUUGCUUGUCGGCCUCGCAUUCAAGGAUCAGAGUGGCCUGUCAGUUUUCCCAGUGUCUCCUGUCGAAGUCAUGUGGAUCAUUAUGAUUACUUCCUCCCUGCCCGACAUGGGUCUCGGUUUCGAGAUUGCUGCUCCAGACAUUCUCAACCGCCCUCCCCAAAAUCUCAAGCGUGGUGUAUUCACCCUCGAGGUCGUUCUUGACAUGUUCGUUUAUGGACUCUGGAUCGCUGCUCUCUGCCUUGGCUCAUUCGCUCUCGUCAUGUUCGGCUUCGGCGAUGGCAACCUCGGAAACAACUGCAAUGAGUCGUACAACAACACAUGCGACACAGUUUUCCGCGCUCGUGCGACUACCUUUGCUUGUCUUACCUGGUUCUCAGUCUUCCUGGCAUGGCAGAUGUUGGACAUGCGCCGAUCGUUCUUCAGGAUGCAGCCAGGAUCAACAAAGUACUUCACGCAAUGGGCUAUCGAUGUCUGGCGCAAUAAAUUCCUCUUCUUCUCCAUCAUCUUCGCCUUCGUCACCAUCUUCCCAGUCCUGUACAUUCCUGUCAUCAACGACACGGUCUUCCGACACAAAGGGAUCACCUGGGAAUGGGCUAUUGUCUUCAUCGCUACUUUCCUUUUCUUCCUCGGCAUUGAGUCGUGGAAGUGGGCCAAGCGAGUGUACUUCAGGAAGCAAGAGGCAAAGAACGGUGGUGGACGAAGGGGCUCCAUCGAUCUUGAGUCGCGUGUCUUUGAGCGCUACCUCAGCACGGCUAUUAGCACUGACGGCGAGGAAGCGGAGAAGAAGUCGGCUCACUAG